AUGGCAUCCCGACGUGACCUCAAUCAGACCGACGAGUCAGCCGCUUCGCUGACCCCAUCAACAAUCGAAGCCGCUCUUUUAAGCUUCCGUUUUAUUGAAGCAUCUGAGCACCAAAAUUCCCAUGGCGUUGAGAUUCUCAGACGUUCGCUUUCUGUUCGAUCCGUCGUCUCCACGACUUCAUCCUUCGCCGAACUAUUCGAAGCUACUGCAAGCAACCCGCAGCUUCACAUCAUCCGCGAAAUUGGCGCAGGCCUCCAAGGCACCAUCUUCGAGCAAGUCGGAAAGCCUAUGGUCUUCAAGAAGGAGAAGAUCCAGAACUCGUUGAUGGCCUGCAACUUGAAGAACGAAUUCCACCUCCACCAGUUGGUGUGGGAUGCCUUCGAAAAGUAUCGAAAUCACUCGUCCAUCCAUUGCGAUGUGGUUGUCCCUGCCGCACAGAAAUUCAUUGCCGCUCAAGACAACAACGCUUGGCCAACCCUUCUACCCAAGCUCCCUCUUGACUGCCGGGUUCAGUCCGAUAUAGUGAUAAUGGAACGUGUCCUCCCUUUACCCAAGAUCAUUCGACGGGCACUCAUAGAAGAAUUCUACCCGUUUCCCAGAGGUGUCUCAGAUAGCGAGAAGGGGCAAAUCAUCAAGUGGGCCUUGAACGUCGUCUCCAACAAGGACUGUCUUGUGCGCCCUUACCUCGGCAUACCUCGCAAGGUAUACACAGAAGCCAACUUCUCUCUGCGAAACUUUAUAAUUGGCUUUGAGGAUCUGGAGCGAUGCGAAACUGAUUUUGAAACAAUUACCCAGGCCUUAGGAAGUGCUUACGCCAUACUCCACUGGGCUGCUCAUGUCAACGGCGACGAUGUUGAGCUCGUCCUUGGCUCCUCCCUUGCCACUGUCCCGGGUCGCCAACAACGAUUUCAGCAGCGCAAGAUUGGACUCUUCCUGAUCGACUAUGGUCAAUGCGAUGAGGUGGACAUGUCAAAGCCUGCUGAAGAGGUGUACCAGGCUUUCAGGAGCGCGAUGGUCACUGGUGAUAAUGGCUGCUUCAUUCCGAAUCCUCGACACAGACCACAACUCUUUCGUUUGUUUAAGAAUACAUACUCGACGACAGCGAAGCAGAUACUAGAAGAAAGUUCUUUCGAAAAAGAGAAAUUCGAUAUUGAUAAGUUCAUGAAGCUUUAUCAGGAGUACGUGGAGGAUUUUCUUUAA